AUGGCUCAGUCACGAGAAUGGCACGGAGGAGGAGGAGGAGGAUAUCCAGGUUCUCGAGGAAGUGAAUAUUACAACGGUGGUCACCACCACAGUCACCAUAACAGCUAUGGGUAUAGAAAUAACAACGGGAGCUACAACGAUCCCCCGUAUCCAGACGGGCCUCCACUCCCGCCGCGCCCGCACUCACAGCAGUCACCCAGAGCUCUGCCACCACAACAAUGGCAGCGGCAGCAACAGCAAGGCCCGCCGGGCUACCGCCAAGACCACUACUACCAACAACACCAUAAUGGACCUCCGCAGUACAACAAUAAUGGGAAUUACUAUCCUGGAUCACCGCCUCCGCCUUUUCAGCCUCCCCAAGGUUACGAUCCCUAUGGAUACCCGCCACCCCAUCAGCAGAGACAACCUCCGCCGCCGCCGCAACAGUUUGGUGGUUAUGGAGGCAACGUGAACGCGGCCCCCGUGCCUCAGACGCCUCAGCAUUUCGGCGAGGGUGCACCAGCGGGGUAUAAUUUCCAGUACUCCAACUGCAGCGGCAAGCGCAAGGCCCUUCUGGUCGGAAUCAACUAUAUUGGUCAAAAGAAUCAGCUGCGCGGUUGCAUCAACGACGUUAGGAACUUGUCGGCCUUUUUGAUAGAGCGAUACAAUUACAAAGCAGAGGAUAUGGUGAUUCUGACCGACGACCAAUCCGAUCCCGUCAGACAACCUACAAAGGCCAACAUCAUACGCGCCAUGCAAUGGCUAGUACAAGGCGCCCAGCCGAAUGAUUCGCUGUUUCUGCACUUCUCGGGCCAUGGAGGACAGACAGAGGACCUGGACGGCGACGAGGACGAUGGCUUUGACGAGGUCAUAUAUCCCGUCGAUUACAAGGUCGCCGGCCAUAUUGUCGACGACGACAUCCACGACAUUGUCGUCAAGCCCCUGAUGCCGGGCGUGCGGCUCACGGCCAUUUUCGACUCGUGCCAUUCCGGGACGGCCAUGGACCUGCCCUAUGUCUACUCGACCAAGGGCGUGCUCAAGGAGCCCAACCUGGCCUCCGAGGCGGGCCAGGGCGCCCUCAGCGCCAUCUCGGCGUACGCGAGCGGCGACAUCGGCGGCGUCAUCUCGUCCGUCAUGGGCUUCGCCAACAAGGCGCUGCGCGGCAACGACGGCUACUACAAGACGAUCCAGACCAAGACGUCGCCGGCCGACGUGGUCAUGUUUUCCGGGUCCAAGGACGACCAGACCUCGGCCGACGCCAUGAUUGCCCAGCAGGCUACGGGCGCCAUGAGCUGGGCCUUUAUCACGGCCCUCAAGCAGAACCCCCGUCAGAGCUACGUUCAGCUGCUGAAUAGCAUCCGUGAUGUGCUGGCCACAAAGUACUCGCAGAAACCACAGCUGAGCUGUAGUCACCCCUUGGGUAUGUUUUAA